AUGACCUCACCAGACUCCAGGAGGUCUGUGGACAGCUUGCCCUUAUCGUCUCCAAAAUCCGCCGUGUCUCAGCAGAUUCCCUUCCCACAAGCGGAUAACGGCAGCAAACCCAUAUCACGGCACCGGUUCGGCUCCCGCAGGAGCUCUAAUGCCAGCUCUAUCACAAGUUUGGGAUCGGCAUUCCACCCACCGUUACUACAACAGCAUCAGCAGCAUGGGCCAAUAGCAGAGUCCGGCCAAAAUGCCAUUUCAACCCUCCUUCAGCCUCCGAUUGUCCGCACUGGACUUCUCCCUCACACUUCUGCUCCGCCCAGUGGCUAUAAACCACCCUCGGCCCGCGACAUACCUCCAGUUACUUUGACGAAUAUCCCACAUGUUGAUUCUGCGUCCUUCCAACCCUAUCUGCUUCAGGUUGGCUCGCUGUACGAUGCCUUACAUCACGCAAAGGAGAAUGGGGACCAGGACCUGAGUAUCAUUAGGAGAAAUACACCGUCCUUAGCGUCACCGGAACUCGACCAGAUGCUUAACAAGGCAUUUGAUGGGCGGCAAUCGGGGUCUCUUUCAUCUUCUCCUCUAGAUCCGUCUACGCAGCGCUCUCGACCCUCAUCGAGCCACAGGUCGGCACUCUCACCAACACCAUUGUCUACAAUACCAAAUAUUUACUUCGACGAGAAUUUCCAACUUGAAAACCCGAGGACAUUUGAUAUAGUGUCAGAGAGAUCGGAGGUUAUUAGUUCUCCAAAAAGCCCCGGACGAACUGGUUCAGAUGAGUUAGCCUCUGAAAGACGGCCUAGCAGAAAAGCACUUGCUACAAAUGCAAUACUACAGGAGAAACUCUCUUGGUAUCUGGAUACAGUGGAAAUACAUCUUCUUUCGUCAAUAUCCACGGCCUCAAAGUCCUUUUUCUCUGCACUAGGCUCCCUUAGGGAUCUCCAUACCGAAGCUGCUACCUCCGUGAAUAACAUUAGGGUGCUACGUGAAGACUUGGCAAAGUUGGAUGUUGAUAUGGCCCAGGGAGGAUUGAAGGUGGUCAAGCUUCAACGCCGACGUGAAAAUGUGAGGAAGCUAGCGGACGCUGUUUGCCAAUUACAGGAAGUCAUUUCAUCAGUUUCAAAAUGUGAGAAGCUUAUUGAUAGUGGUGACCUUGAAGAUGCUAUCGACGAGCUGGACGAUGCCGAGAGGCUCCUGGUUGGAGAACGGCCGACAAAGCCGCGCCAAUACCUUACAGACACAGACAUGAUUAUAGAUCUCCGGGGCGUCGAUGCGCUUGAUCGAGCAUCGGAUGAUUUUGCCCAGCUCCGAUCCUACAUAGGAGCUGGGUAUGAAAACAGGUUCCUAACCAUUCUUUUGGACGACCUCCGCCGGCAUGUUGAAAGCUCUUCUCCCGAAGCGACAUUACUUCGACUCGGCAUAGCUUUCCAGAGAUCUCGUCGUGGCCAACGGAACACUAUGUCCAGUAUGCCAGCAUUUUUGACCGUUGAUAAUGAGAUGCGGUCAAGGCUUCAGAGAGAGCUUUCCGGCUUAGGUCGAGCUCGCUAUACAAUGACGGGUGCCACGUCUUUCAAAAAUGCGGUUCUUCGGGAAAUGAAAAACAUAAUUCGCCGGCAUCUUCCUAGUUCAACGGACGAGGAUAAUGAAUCUAUCAUGUCUGCUUCAACACACGGGGGGCGACAACUGAACCAGCAGGAGAAAUCAUCUAUCCUUGCGCGUAACCUCCGUUCAUUGGGUGCAGAUGACGCCUUUUCAAUGCUCACCACCAUAUACACUGGCAUCAGCGAGGCACUUAGAAGGCUCAGUGUCCAAGUGAAAGUCUUACUUGAUAUCACAAGCAACCUGGGGAAUUCGUCAACAUCUGUACAAUCACCUUCUAGAAGUCAAAGCUCGCAAAGUUUGGAUACCAUGGCCAAUGUUCCAUCACCAAACACCCUGGCCAGAGAUGAGAUCCUCCAAGUUCUAGAUAUGUCAAGCUUACUUGGCCAAGCCGUGGAUAUAGUCCAGUCGCAAAUUGUGAAGGUAUUAAAGGUUCGAGGUGGACAGAUCGAAUUUUUCUCCCUCGAACAGUUUCUCCAAUACUUUACUCUAAAUAGGCUCUUUGCUGAAGAAUGCGAGGCCAUCUCGGGCAGAAGUGGCACUACCCUUAAAACCGUGGUCGACACUCAGAUAAAGAACUAUAUGUCUAGUUUCGGGGAUGCCUGGAAACACCGUAUUGUCCAGGUCCUGGAUCAGGAUAAAUGGGAUGCCAAAGAUUUCGGCGAUCGUGAAGACACCCUCCUAUCCCGUGUGCUUGAUGCAAGUACACACGAUGCAGAGGUGUGGAAUGCAUCGUCCAGAAUCUGGGAUACAGGUGAAAAUGACUUGGAGCAAGCGACAGAAACCAAGGAAGCACCAUUGAACGGUUCAGGGGCUAAAAAAGAGCGUGUCAGGAAUGCAACUAUUGACGAACAGAAAUUUAUUCUCCCAGAGUCUGCAUUUUUAAUAUUACAAGCCACCGAAGAGUUUCAGCACUUUAUGGCCGGUAUACCAAAUGUGGUUCCUGAUAUUGCCCCUAGUCUACUUGAGUGUCUCAAGUUAUUUAAUUCAAGGACCUCACAAUUGAUCCUCGGUGCUGGAGCAACAAAAAGUGCAGGUUUGAAAAAUAUUACCACUAAACACCUCGCUCUUGCGUCUCAAUCUCUGAGCUUCAUAAUUGCUCUUAUCCCUUACAUUAGGGAGUUUAUUCGCCGGCAUUGUCCGUCCACUCCUGUCAUGGGUGAAUUCGAUAAAGUCAAAAGGCUUUAUCAAGAACACCAGUCUGGAAUCCAUGAGAAACUCGUUGAUAUCAUGAAUUCCCGCUCGUCUAUUCGUGUUACUUCUAUGAAAAAGAUGGACUGGGAAGGAGAAUCGAAUACUAUUAGCCCUUACAUGGAAAUUUUGGCAAAAGAGACCGGAACUUUACACCGAGUUUUAUCGAAACACCUACCGGACACUACUGUAGCGAUGAUCAUGGGACCCGUUUUUGCAAGUUAUAAGGAUCAAUGGACUGAUGCCUUCCAACAGGCACCGUUAAAGUCGGAAAGAGCUAGGCAAAGGAUGCUGUCUGAUGUCCAGUUUCUCCGAUCUACACUAGAGAAACUUGAUGGUGGAAAUGAGCUUAUAAGCCACCUUACUUCAGUUAUUGAAGCAAAGCACGUUGCUGCUAGUCCAUCAUCCCCGGUUCCUAACUCCGGAUCACCCGCCGUCCCCAGCCGUGAUACAUCAACCUCACCGAGUACCGGCGAGAGAAACGAUUCAAAUGACUCCUAA